AUUAAAAAGCGCUAUUACAAUUUCGGCCCAAAUUUACUUCACUUUUACAACAAUCAGCAAGCUUGACGUUUCUGCUCCUUUCCUACGUUGAAAAAAUCAAAAGAUGACCGACCAGGCAAACCCAAAUAAUGCUGUUUGGGAUGACUCCUUGCUGGUAAAGACCUACGAUGAGUCCGUGGGACUCCUCCGUGAGGCUUUAGCCCGCCGUUUGGCCGAUUCGACCAAUAAGCAUGAGGAGGAGAAGACUGCCGCCGCUGAUGAUGCCGCCGACGACGCGAACGAACCUGUCCAACUUGAGUCUGAGCCAUUGGUCUUCAAGGUUGGGGACUACGCUCGUGCCACUUAUACCGUGGACGGAUUGGACUACGAGGGAGCUGUGGUCUCUGUGAACGACAAGAACGGAACCUGCGUCAUCCGUUUCCUGGGCUACGAGAACGAGCAGGAGGUUCUUCUAUCUGACUUGCUUCCCUCAUGGGGCAAAACCGUGCGUCGCGAGCAGUUCCUCAGCGCCAAAGAGGAGGCAGGUGAAGAACAGCAGCCGGUGGUCAGCCGUUCCAAGGCAGCCUCUUCGUCCACCAGUCAACCGAAGAAGGCUUCUGGAAAGAAAUCUGGCGGAGGCAGGGCCUCCAGCUCUGGAGGAAGCGGCUUGGCAGGAGGCCCUGUCAUGCCACCUAUGCCACUAGUGCCACCAAUGUUCGCCUCUCCGGCAGAGGGUGCCGAGCAGGACUUUGUAGCCAUGCUCACUGCCUGGUAUAUGUCUGGUUACUACACGGGUCUUUACCAGGGCAAGAAGGAAGCCAAUGCUGGUGCCAAGAAAAAGACUCCAAAGAAGUAGUCUAAAACUUUCACUCAAAUCACUUGUUUAGACUAAUAGAAAUAAGUCAAGAAAUAUAUAUAUAAAUUGUUAUAAGAAUAAAUUGUUAGUUUUGGUUUAUGCGGAGUA